AGAGAGUUAGAGGAUAGAGAGUGUGUGUGUGAUAGAGAGAGCGAGAGAGGAUCUAGAGAGUUAGAGGAUAGACAGUAAGCCCUGCUGUCACCAGCCAACCUGGUGAUCCAGUCUCCCGAGCAGUCAGCCGCCCUCCGCCUGCCUGCCUGCCUCUUCUCCGUCACGUCCCUUGGCCUCCUCACCAAGUCUUCACCCGCUCUCCCAGGCCCGUGGGCCUCACAGCAUGACCCUUCCACCAUGGGCUUUCUGGAAAACUACCAAGAGAUCGACCCAGUCACUCUGAACCUGUGCAUCCUCAUUGUCAGCUACGUCAUCCUGCUGUUGGUCUUCUUGAUCUCCUGCAUCAUGUACGACUGCCGGGGGAAGGACCCCACCAAGGAGUACGCUCCGGACCCCCAGCCCACGCAGUCUCCCAUCAGGCUGGUGGUGAUGCAGAGCUCCCCAGCCACAGCGCCCGCUCGUUGGGACACCACCAACAUGAUCACCACCUACCACGAACCGGCCAGCCCCGGCCUGCAGGACUUCAGGGAGAAGAAGAGUACCAUGGUCUAAGGUCCAGGAGGAGGGAGUUCAGAAAGAGAGAGAGAGAUACGGAGAGAUACGGAGAGAUAGAGAGACUCACUGUCACUUCCCUCUGGAACCUAAACUACUGGGAUCCACUUUUGUACAUAUUUAUGUUUUUAUCUCUUUCCGCUUUGUCUUUUUUAAUGAAUAUAUCAUUUGUUUGUACAGUCACCUUUUUUCUUUUACUUUGAAGACGUUUGCUACCUUGUUAUUUUGUGGGGGGGGGUUGGACCUUGCUGGAGAGGACGAUGCUAGGAUUUGACCUCCACCAGACAAGACUGAGACGGUAAGAGAUGGUAACCUGUCUGCCAACCCGUCUGUCUGCCUGUCUGUCUGUCUGUCUGUCUGUUUGCCUGCCUGCCUG